AGCACGACGGCACCGUGCAGGAGGUCCACUGCGAGGACUACGACCCGCGAAAUCGUAUUCGUAUAGCGCGCACCCCGAACGGUUGGCGCGUGAUCCCGCGGACGGAGAUCUACAACUCGAUCCGUGUGCCGGCGCCGCCGCCGCGCGAGCGCAAGGAGCGCCGCCGCCGCGGCCGCUCGGGCAGGUCGCGCCGGAGAAGGGUCGACCGCCCGGACCGGGGGGCCGAGCAGUGCGCCGAGCCGGCCACGGUCCAGCCCGCGUGGCUAGCUCCCGAUCUGGAGUCACACAUCCCCUCGCACACGAUCGCGGUGCCGCGAGUGGUGCAGCAGCCUCCGCCUCCGGCGGAGCCCACCCCGCUGGACAACUUGCUAGCGGUGGCCGAACUGGAGUUUAAUCAGCAGCGCGGUGAAGAACUUGAGUUGGAGUUGCAGGCGUCUACGAACGGUCAGUACGCGUUCUUACCCGAAGAGGAAGUGGCGCGUGACGUGAUGUCCUUCGAACUUGGAGAACCGAAGGCAGAUGAGAUGUUUUUCGAGCGUAAAACACAUGCACCGGAACGCACAGUGGAGGAGGACACUUUUCCGAAUGACAUGGUCGUGCAUAAGGACUUGUUUGAUACGAUUAGCGAAGCACAUUACUUGCCAGAACUAGGUGGUCCGCAUGAUGAAGCGCUAUUGGAAUCUCUGGUCGAGAAAGGCUGUGAAGAUAAUCAAAUACUAGGGCAGGCGCUGGACAAGCUCGCUCAUCUCGUUCAUGGCUCUGGUGAUUAUGCUGAGGAGGAAGAAGAUAUGUUAUUAGGUGGUGCACCAGUCGCAGAUAUCAUUGAUCGACUGGAACAAUCGUUAGAGUCACCAGGCCGUAGUAGUAUUACUGCUGCGCAAGGUCUUCUUCAUCUUCAUCAUAUUGGUGAUCAUCUUCCUCCACCGGAACACCAGCAAUCCGUUGAACAAACGUAUAUGUCAGAUGAAGUGUUUGUGCCAGAUCCACCAGCGGAAUGCACGAUUGAAACGUUAAAUACCGGAUCAGAAUUGCAAGAACCAAAUGAAGUUAACCAUUUAGAUUACGAUCAUAAUGCUGAAAAGAGGCUACAGAGUGAUAUCGAUAACUCUGACAUAUUGUAUACUGAAAAUGUACCUGACACUCAAGAAACUUAUGAAGAACAACAGUCACAAUCAGUACCCGAUCAAAGUGAUACCAUGGUAUCAAGUGAAACGCAUAAUGAUGAUUCAAGUGUAAAUAUUAGUGAACAAGUGGAGAAAGAUGAAAUAAAUAAUGCGGAAAUGUGUGACUUAAAUGAUCAAUCCUCUGUUGCACCUGAGAUUACAUCAGUAGAUUUUGCGAAAGAUUUAGAACAGACGUCUAACAAUGAAGAAUUAGUGCCAACGGAUUUGAGUAUAAAACAUGUCGAGAAAAAUAUUUCACCUGUUGUCGUGGCAAGUGCUGCAGAAACCACGAAUGCAGCAGAAGACAGUUUAUCAGAUAAAAGUGAUGAACAACCUAAGGAUUUGAGUGUACAUCGUAGGUUACCCACUCCGCAUGCGUCGCCGAGAAGGAUAGAAAUACCGCGAGCACCUUCUAGAGAAUCGGAUGCUAUGCAAUCCCCACAGCCUAGUGGUAUUCCCGCUGUGCCGUCAUCACCAGAAAUAUUCACUAUGCCACUUACAAAAAGCAAACAAACAUUAUUUUUAGAAACACUUUUAUCGUCGCCGUCUCCUAAAAUGUAUACGUCUGAAGUCACGAUAACUAAACAACAGUGUGAGCCAUUAAAUUUGGGUAAACACAGAAAAUCUGCCAGUCCUACUGUGUCUAGUUGCUCAGAUGAAAUAAGAAAGUUAAACAAAGAUUUUGGUGAACCACAAGAGAAAAGAAUAAAGCGUGAGUCCUCAGAAGACUUAGCAAAAAUUAGUAAAGUAUUUAAUAAAUGCAGUGAUGACCACGAGUCUAAACAGAAAAAGCCAGAUCGACCAACACAUAAAUCGGGUACAGAAGCAUCCCCAAUGAAACAGUUACACGUUUUAAAGACAAGCCCAGAUUUUAACAUUCCAGAUCCUUUAUUAAUACCAAAAGACAAACUUAAUGAUAUUUUAGAAGCACCUGGGAGAGAAAUCCCAGCAUUAUUAAUACAAAGGCCAGAAUUAAGAUUACCCGAAGCGUUUGCAUUCCCAGCUGUACUACAAGAUCCCGAGAUACUCGUCGUAUCGUUACAACAGUUAGAAAACAUAAUCGAGAAUGAUGCCAAAAAUCAGCUAACAUCUCCUAAGGUGAAAGAACCAAAACCGGCUUCUGUAAAAAGUACGCCUAGUAGCGAACAAACACGCACGACGCCGCAACCUGAUCAAACAAGCCAGCCAAAACCUAUCCCAUCGAUGGAUGCUCUUGCUGGCGACAUCGACGCUGCGACAUCAGCAGCUCUCAAUCAGAUGUUGUGGUUACCCUAUCUCAGUCAGUUAGAAGCAAUGGCUGCUUGUUCACAAAAUAUGGACUUUUUAAAAGCCCUAAAUUCAUCCGGAUAUACAGGGUCAAAUUAUCCAGACUUAUCUCAGAUGUUUAAUCCUUCCGCCAGAUUUAUGGGCCCCACCGGAUUUCCUAUGAUGCCCCCUAUGGACUAUGACAAUCGGUUACAAUUUGCGAUGUGGCAAGAAGCAAUGAAUCAUGCGAACGCAUCACAAAGACAGAAGCCCAGUGCUAUGGAAGCUCAGAUGAAAGAAUUGGCAUCUAAAACAAGUGACGUUCAGAAUCCCUAUGUUCACUCGACAAAGAAUCAUCAAAGUAAACCACAUUCGUCAGCUCGCACUAGCCCAAUAGCCCAUAAUUACAACAGCAACCAGCGGUCGAUGGCACACAAUCCAUUCCUCCAGAGCAUGUAUCCCGGAAUGAAUCCAAACAUCCGACCUAACAUGCCACUGCCGGGGCUUCAGAUACCCUACUUCAACCCAAAUAUGAUGGGGAGUCAACGGUCCCCAAGAACAGGACAACAGAAGAGUCCAACAUCACCGUACUACCCGAACAACAAUUAUCUGCAAUCAAUAAAACAAUCUGAAACACAGUCGAGUCAAAGAAGUAGCAGCACUAGUUCUCAAGAGUCUCCGCGGCCAAGGAUCAGUGUGAAAUCCCUACAAAACCUUUUGGAGCCUACGGCAGCCGCUGCAUCCGGGGUGGGCACCUCGAGAAGGUCUGCCAACCCCCCUGCAGCUUCUAUGGGCCGACGGAGAGAUGAACCGGAAGUUGGCAGCACUACACCAUUAGGGGAGCCACCGCCGCAUCUCCCACCGCAUCCUCAUGAUCCAUCAUCAUUCCAUCUUUGGCACCCGUUAUUUGGCAAUCAAAAGAGCUACAACAGCCCGUGGAGUUGGACUACAGUGACCGCAACGGGCGACUGACCGCGAGCCCCGCGCGGGCCGCCUGCGCCCGCGCACCCGCAGUGAGCGACGACGGCAGGGGGGGAGGGGUGCGGCCUUACACGAGUCCGGGGCACGGGGACCCUACCGACACAGCAAGCAACAAACAGCAAUCAAUGCUCAGUCUGGAAGGUACCUAAUGAUUGUUACAUAGACACAAAAAUAAUCUCGGAUAAAUAAAAAAGUAUAGACUACGUAAGUUACCGCCAUCUAUUAUCAAAUCGACGCAAGCUAGUCCGAGUUGAGACCUAGCAAACACGACAACUUCGCAGCUCAAUAUAUAAUUAGGUACCAUCUCAAUGUGACAAAGCCACGCUCAGUCAAAUAAUUUUAUACAAAAUUUGUACCAAAACCAUACAAAUAAAUAUUUUAAAUCGUACUCAAGAAAAUACUUCCUAAAAAUCAAUAUCAACAUCUUUUCACGCAGAAAUGUUGUCAGAAAUUCGUUUUUAAAUUACCUCAAACUACUAAAAAACGUUAUUAAUCAAUUCAAAACACUGUAAUUUUUUUCUAUUAUAUUAUUACGUUCUGGACUGUUCGAUCUUGAUAAACAUUAUAAAAUAAAUAAAUCCUGAGACGAAACUGCAGUGGUUAUUUACAUCAGUUAUCAAAGUAUUUAAACAUGGCAACACCUACGCAACUCUUGUAACCAAUAGCGUUAUGUCUAUACUUUUUUGUUUUAAUUCAUUAAUAUGAAAUACCAAGACUAUUGGUACCAAAUAAGUCAAAUACAAUUUAUGUAACCAUCAAGUACCAACUACCGAAUUGGUCAUUGAUUGCUCUGUUCGUAAGUUCCCCGAGUCCGGGUGGAGAGUUCUAUCUAAACGAUAACAAAUGACAGAAUAUUAGAUAUUUUAAUAUUUAUAUUAUUAACAUAAGUAUAAAAAAUAUUUAUGGCCAAAAUUAAACAUACUUAAACCGAAUGGUUAUUAAAAUAUAAUUAUUGACACUAUUUCAAGAGACUUAGAAUUAUACGAAAUAUAUUUUAUUUUAUAUGAAACCAAGUACCUAAUCUAAAAUUUAUAUGUAUUUUAUUUUCAUAGAAAAAAUUAAGAGUUUUACCAAGUAGGUAUAACUCUUAACUUAAAAUAUUAUCAAACAAUAACGGUGUUAUAUCAUAAUGCCCAGUAGUGGGACAUAAAUGAGCUAGAGUACCUUAAUAGGGCUAUAUUAACAUUAGCCUACUAUUACCACAAAAGCCAAUAAAAAAAAACCUGUUUCAAUAGAACUAAUGAAAAGGCAACCAAGUUUCAUGAAAAUCGUCAUGAAAUAAUAAUAAUAUCAGAAAUAUAAAUAGAUAGAAUUGAAACAUUCGAUCGAUUAAUUAGUCGAUUAUUUAAUCGUACGAAUCGAUUUUUCGUACGUACUGAACAUCAACAAACUGUCUUUCGGUCUAUUUAAUUAUUCUUUUUUGCAUUUUCAUUGAAUUCUAUUGAAAUAUACUAUAAAAUUUUGUUUCAAGUUUUUUCAUUCUUGCCGUGGCGUAUGACACUUUGUUUCCUUGCUCGUGUCUUACGAAUAAAAAAAUAUAUCAUCAACGUAUCAUUGCAAUGAGCGAGUUGCCAGUAAUUUUAUAAACAUACUGGCCGUUAUGCAUUCCAUACUGCUAUAACUGUAAUAGCUUCUAUACGAUGCCAUAAGAGUAAACAACAUUGUCCUUAUUCCUAUGGAAAUGCCCUUAGUCCCACUCGCGAGUAAAUUUUUGCUCUCUGAGACACAUUCAAUAUCUCUGGUUCAAAUAAUACAUUAUAGUAUUUUAAUUUUAAAGUCUGAUUUACAAGUAUCUCGACACAAAUAAGUUAUAAAAUUUUAAAUAUCAUUUACAAAAGAAUAUUGUCAAUGAUAAAUCAUUUUAAGACCUAUAUGGACCUAUAUAAAUGUAUACAUAUAUAGGUAACAAACUACCUUUACGAAUUUUAAAAGUUUUAAUGGGACACACCAACGAAUACUCUUCGCAUUUGAUAGCUGUAAAUAAUGUGUUAGUCUAAUUUCCUUUGUUACUUACUGGCCAUCAACAAAAAAACAACUAAAUUGAAUUUAAAUACGGAACAAAAUUAUUGUCGUCGAGCAUUGAAAAAAAUAUAACUUUAAAUAUAGAACAAAAUUCUUGUCAAAGAUAAAGAAAAAACUAUUCUGUCAUUAUUAGUUCACUACAUAUUUAACAAACACUCUUCACCCCAUACUCGUGGAGCCCAAUGGUGAACGAAAUGAUCCGUCCGAUGUUGUUAGUCCCCCAUCGUCGCAACACUGCGGCCGUCCCACCUGGACUGUGACCAUAGCCUGUGAACUGAUCUGUAUAACAAGGCGAUCAGAACGUUUACCUUAAUAAAAUUUGAACAUAAGAAAUGUAUUUUUCGAUUUAUAGUACAGUAAAUUUGUGUACAUAGUUCCUUGUCCAUCGAGUGAAACAUUUUAUCACAUUUCCGUUCCGUUUCACGAAGUUCCGAUCGUCUGUGUCUAAUUGUUACACUAACUAAUGUUCUUAUGAUGCCAACAUUAAAAAAAAAAGAUCUGUAUUUGUAAUUCAUCAUUUCUCAACUUGGAAGUCACGACAGUGAAGGAAGGACCACAAGUUUGUAUGAAAGAUAUCUAUUUUUGGCGCUUGUAAUGCUUGACUUUGACGUUGAGAAACGAUGGUGUCUAUAAUUGAAGCUUUAACUACUAUUUCCUAUAAAUACUUUUAUUAGAAACCAAAGCCUAAAAGUAUUGUACCUAAUGGUUUCUGUUUUAAUAUUAUAUGUAUACUUACAUUAGAUCAUAUGCAUCUAGAUAGAGCAUCGAGUGUCAAAAACGUCUUAAAAACAGCCAACUUUUUGCUGACGCGUAAUACUCUCUCACGUAAUAAUAAUGAAAUUGAAACUCUAUCUAGACGUAGAUCUAGUAACAUAGCUACUAAUCCUUUAUUUAUGUAUUUAUAUACACUGAUAUUGGUUUUGAUAGAUGACGCAUAUUGGCUUUUUAUAUAUAAAAGUGGGGUGAUCCAUCGAAUUCUCAUCUUUGUUGUAUUUUUAUAAGUUAUUAUAUUUGAAAAAUUGUGUUAACUAUUAAAUAUCUGAGCUUUUAUUAUUAUGUUUAAUAGCAUUUUAAUGUAAAACACUUCAUUUGUAUUUUAAUUUAGCUUAAGUUUUAAUACUGUAUAAAAUCAUGUUUGCAUUAAGAUAUCAAAUAAAUACUAUCAAGCAAUUAUGUUUUGUAACCACUAUACGUGAAUUUAUAAAACGAAAAUGUAUAUCAUGUGUUUUUUACUUACGAAUAUCAAUUAAUUAUUAUAAAACUACCUACUGAAUUACAUUUAUCAUUAGGCAUUUUUAUAAAUCUUUAUACGUAGGUAUACGUACUAGAUAUAUACAUCUAGACGGAGCACUGAAUAUCAAAAAAAUGAUAAGCCAGCUAUUGGCUGGUGUGUAUUUUUUAAAACAAAACUUGCGACAUCGUUUUUUAUGUUGCAAACAAUAAUUGUAAAAUUUUACUAUUCCUAGUCACGCACUGAUGAUUCGUAAAAUCUGCAUAAUGACUCAAAAUUAAAAGAAUGAAAAAGUUGUCCUAUUUUUGGCGAAGCGUUUGCUGACAGAUACUCUAUCUAGAUUAUAUAACACUAUGUACCUAAUAGCAAUUACUUUUAAUUGAUUUAUUAUCAUUUUUAUAAACCUUGAAUGUUACAUGUAAGCUGCCAUUACAACGUGCAGUAUUAAAACCUAGGCGUGUUAAGAACAUAAGUAUUUCCGAACCGAUACGACAUCAUAACCUUAAAGAAAAGAGCAUAUCCCUUUUUAAACGGCCGGCAGCACACCUGCAAUGCCGUUGGUGUUGUGGGUGAUCGUGGGCGGCGAUAGUCACUUACCAUCAGGUGAGCCGCAUGCUCGUUUGCCCCCUGAGUUGUAAAAAAAAGAACACUGCAAUACAAUAAUUAUAGGGUACUGUCAUUCCCACGCGUUUCUUACUAGUAACAGGCGUCACAAUACAGAUAAGUUCACACAGUUAUGCCUUGCUAAUCUUCUGCGAACCUUUGUAGCAUCUCAUAGUGACCGACCAGCCAGUAACAUGUUAACUACUUUAUAACUUUUUUUUUAUAUAUCGCUGCAAUGAUAUGCUACUAUAAAAAACGCUCGUUGGUAAGCGGUUAUUUUUAUGUAACUUAUUGUUGAACCUAGAAAUUUUGCCCGCGUUUAUUUAAUACAAGUGUCCUAUCUAUGACAUAGUAUAUCCAUGUACCAAAUUUCAUUGAAAGCUGAUCAAUCAAUUAAUUAAAAUUAAAUGAUGAAUGUAGUUAACGUAAUCUGUUAAAAAUAAUAAUUAUGUUUUAUUGUAAAUUCUGUUUAUUACCGUUACCUAUGUAAAUUUGGCGAUUUUUAAAUUCAUAAAAUUUAUAAGUUUCAUACUGCGAAACCGGUCAAGUCAUAUGAUUUAUAUAAAAACCUAUGGAAGUGGUACAACCUAGUUAUUUGUUCUUAUAUAGAAUAGGCGUUGCGAAAACUUGCCAAUUUCGACUUGCCAAUUUCACUUAGUAGACAAUAGCUAAUAUUGGCCGCAGCCCAAGUACCGAACAUCAUAGUAAAUAUGAAAACAUAAACUAAAGAUUUAUUUUAUACAAUGAUAAAUAACACUUAUGACAUGUAAAUGGUUUUUGCGACCAUUAACGUUGACAAGUACAUAUAUGUAGGUAAAUAGGUAAUCUAAUAUCAAAAUUAAGUAAUAAAUUCCUGCAAAUAACUUGCUUAGGUUUAUUACAUAUUUUGCUUGAAUAAUUAAUAAUUUCUGUAUUAAAAAUGUUAACUAAUAUGGUUAAACAUUAUCUUCCGCCAAUUGAAGAGUGUGGUAAAAAGUGAAUUUGCAUUUUGAGUACCCGUUAGAAAAGCACUUAGAAAAACGAUGACUCGACCAACUAAGAAUUUAAAACUUAAAAAUUAUUAUCUUGUCUCUUUCUAUCGACAUACAUUUUCCACACGUUAGCCGCGUGUGCACUUAACUAGUACACGGAAGUCGUUGACAAUGACCAAAACAGUGUAAGUAAAAAUAAAAAAAUAAAAACUGCAUUUAAGUACUUAUAAAAUGUUACUGGCUGAACGCGUCGCUUCCGAAGAUUCUUUAAAAAAAAACUUUCGAAUUUUUUUAAAUUAUCGAUUAAAGAAUCUCAAAUUGAUCGUAGAAAUAUUGUAGAUGCUCACAAAAUACCAUAUCCCUAAAUUAAGUACAGUCGGGUACGUACAGUGACGAAAUAUAAAGUGCAUAUAGUAUAUAAUUUAUUAUUUAGUUGUGAUAUAUGACAAGGCGCGCCGGCGGCAGCGCAUAGUUCCAAACGAGUGCAAUCCAGUUGGACUGUGUAAUUAAUGUAGUUAGACAAGUUAAGUGGCGAUGUACGAUGCAUUUAAUUUAUGUACAGCAGUCAUUGGUAUACAAAAAAAAAAUACAAGAUGCACCUACAGUGCGACACUAAACGACCCUGAAAAUAGAACGCAUUAAAAUAAUUGUACACUCAUUUCUAACCAGCUACUGAUAGCUGUUAUCAAACGUUCCCAAUUGUUUAAAAAAAAAAAAAAUAAAACAAGAAAUUAUAGUGUAUAGACAAAGAAAUUUUUAUUUUUUUAAUAAGUAUUCUACUCCACUUAUGUCUCGUCCUCAGAUCGUCAUAGUCGUAGAAUACUGACGGAUCUGACAAAGAUUACAUGUAAACAUCCGUCAGUAUUCUACGACUAUGACGAGAUAAUGACUUAUUUUUAUGAAUUAUCAAUCUUCUGGGCCAAUAUUAAGUGUAACUUUUGUACGGGAGUCUUGUUUUUUUUUUGUAUACCAUUGACAGAGGGACUGUUGGACGUUGGAUUUGAAAUUUAAAUUCCUGUGUGUCGGUUACAUUCGAAUACUUUUUAAUAAUGAUUUGUAUAGGUACGUUGAUAAAGACUGUUUCGAUUUUCAAAUGUAACGUCCGGCGGUCACUUCAAUAUUUAGACAAUGUAGUUAGCCGACAAUUAAAUUACGAGUACAUAUAUAAAAAAUAAUAUGAAUUAAGUAAACUGGCCGUAUACCUACUUGGUAGUCUACAUAUAUUAUUCAAACAUUUUUCAGGAAUGUUAAUAACUUCUCAAUUGAAAGAUACAAUUAAAUAAACUGUAAUAAUGCACGUAAGUAUACUGAGAAUGUUAAACAGUGGGACUGAGCUUUGAAUGCGCCAUUUUUCUUAAUAGAAUUUCAAAUUUCAUAAAUAAAAUUUUUAAAGUUUUUAAACAGGCACAUUUUUUUUUUCUUGCCAAUAAUAAAUAGUACGUUCAUAAAUAAAGUUUGGCGCCUAAUCCUUUAAUUUUUAAUCUUUUUUUUUUUUUAUAAAAUAAAUAAUACUUGCGUAUGGAAUUAAAGAACCGCAUUUCACAUACAAAGAGCCGCAUAUAGUUCACGAGCCGCAGAUUUCGUUGUGACAACAAAAUGAAAUUUUAAUUUUAAAGAAAAGUUAAGAGAAAUGGCACUACAGAAUGGAUAGUAUUUAAUUUCGCCCAGUAUUUAAUUUUUAUGUGAAUAAAUAUCAUCUGAAAACAGUUUAUACUACUACUACUUAAAUAACAUCCUCUUUUCCUGUUUCAAAUGAAUGGUCGGCAUGUUUUAAAAUUUCAUAGCUAUUUAUUAAAUACUUAGUAAAUUGAUGUUUUUUGUACCGUGCGAAACUAGAAAGACCAUUCGAUUUAUUAAAAACUAUAGGAAAAAAUACACUUAAACACCUUUAAGUACAUAAUUCAAAUUUCGAAUAUGAAACUAUUGUCACAGCUAAUAUUUUUUUUUAUUACAUUUUCUUAUGUGCCAGUUUUAAAAAUAUUUAAAUUUAAAAUUGUCGGCUACCAGUGUCAUCUGGCUAGAACGAGAAGUAUCCAUAGCUCGUGAUCUCUUUUCCGCUAUAUCAAGUGAGACGAUGGAUACUCUUGUUUGAGCCAGCCUCGUAUGUGUUAGCUUAGUAGAUACACCGAUUCACUUUCUUGUGAUUUCUAAACAAUUAGCUCGUUUUCUAUAGCAUGUCUUAUAUACUUAAUGUUAGUUUUUCCAAUAUAAAAGACUAUAAUUUUGCGGUUGAACUCAAAUGUUCUGUUUUCUAUUCAAUUGCAAUUCUUAUAGUAAUAACUCCGUUAUGUAUGCGGUUACUAAAGCCCGCAUACAGUCGCUAAUGUCAGCAUGUAGUCGCUAACGACCGCAUGAAGACACUAACGCUCAUAUGCAGUCGCUAAUGCCCGCAUGUAACCACAACCUCAAUCUAUAGUUAUUCACAUUAUAAUACUAAUCGUAAAUUAACGAUAUGCAAUAUAACUGUGUGUCUGAAACCAGUGAAGAGUGCAUCUCAUAUAAUAUAUAUAUAUAUAUAUAUAUAUAUAUAUAUAUAUAUAUAUAUAUAUAUAUAUAUAUAUAUAUAUAUAUUAUAAUUCUAUGUACAUUUGAAUUUUUGUUUUAAAUGCAGUAAAUAGAGGUUGAAUUAGCGUGACAAAAAUCGUUAUGGUCUAGUCUAGCAUCUUUUGUUUUGUGACGGAAUUGAAAGCGUGUUAAAUUAUAUGAAUUAUUAAAUAUUACACAUAACAUAUUUUCAGAUUAUGAUCAUUUCCAUAUGGACAGUAAUAAGGUGUAAUAGAAAUAUAGUAUCUACAAUAAUAAAAAAUCUAGUAUCGGUAUUAAUGAAACUGAACAAUUUUUGCGAAGUAAAUACAGAGAUCGAAAUAUGAAAACAAUUUUUGAAUUUUUUAUGCUAAAUCUACCAUACUAUGAAUGCGCAGUUUGUAUAAAAGAUUGUUGCUUUUAAAGAAAGUUGUUCAGUUUCUUAGAAGCUCUUAAAAUAAAUAAGAUUUGAAAUUAUUUGUUCUGUCACAAAUCACAACCUGUAUAGUUUCCAGUGUACCUAAAUAUGGUUAUAGAUUACUUUAGAAUUAUAAAAAUAACAUCAUGCGUUAGAAAAUCAAUAUUUUCAUAGGAAUCAUAAGAACUUGAUGUCGGUGAAAACUUUUUUAUAUAUAUAAAAAAAAAUAUAUAACUAUUUAUUUCGUUAUUAUUUAAGUUUUCGAUGAUUUUAAUUGUUCUCGUUACUUUCUUUGGGAAUCUUUAUACAUUAUAGAUUUAGUAAGUACAAUUAAUUAUUCCUGUGCAGUAUAAAAUGAACGGGAAAUCGAAGUAUUGGCGAACACCGGUUAGUUUACAUGAUAUAAGAGAAAAAGUAUAUCAAUCCGAAAUUGAGCGUAUUAUUAAUUAAACAGAACAAUGUUGUUAAUGAAACUGAACAACUUUCCUCAAAAAAGUUGAAAGUCGAAAUAUGAAAAAAUCUAAUAUCUAAAAAAUUAUUUUCACAUUUAGAUUUCAAUUGAUCGUGAUGAUUAUAUUGAUCAUGAGAGAUCAUGCUUCUUGGUGACAGUUGUUCAGUUUCGUAACUAUUACCUUUUGGACUGUUAUACCCUUUCUCCUCUUGUAUAUUAACAUCGGCAAACCUUACUUUUCUAGUGUACAAUCCCAUUUUUCUAUUCCGAUUGAUACAAUAUGGUUGUCAACACCGGUGGCCGGUUCGAUUCCCGUGUAACAAUGUUGUUGGUUAUUAUCGUUCGUGAGUACUCGUAUUCCGAAGUUUCCUGGUGUAAUUUAUGACUUGAAUAAAUGAAAUUACGCUUCUAAAGUGUACUAUUACAUGUGUAAAUAUAGGUGAACUAAUAACUACUAUAAUAGUGAAUGUUGUAAUUUGUAUAUAAGUAACGAAAAUUAAAUUUUAAAUACAUAGAUAACAUUG